AUGGUCGUAGCUAAUGAAUCCUGGCUCAAAAGAGCCGAUCUGACUCCAACCAAACUGCUGUUCUACGCCAUCUUCUGGGUGGCUCAUUUUGGCGUUUUCGCUCUUGGAUGGUAUCUUCAAGUAAUAAACACCCAGCUUGCUGGGUUGAAUGUGCUCAAGUACUCUGUCUGGAUCUCCAGAGGCGCAGGCCUUGUUCUGUCUGUAGACGCAACUUUGAUCCUCCUUCCCAUGUGCCGGAAUGUUCUCCGAUGGCUUCGACCUCAAAUCAGGUGGUUACCGCUUGACGAGUCUGCAUGGUUUCAUCGCCAGAUUGCGUAUGGUCUCUUGGUGUUUUCUGCGAUUCAUACUGGCGCCCAUUACGUGAACUUCUACAACAUUGAAAAGAGCCAGAUCCGUCCUGAGCUGGCCGUGCAAAUUCACUAUACUCAAGCCGCCGGUAUUACAGGCCAUGUAAUGCUAUUGUGCAUGAUGUUGAUGUAUACCACAGCUCAUCACCGCAUCCGACAGCAGGCGUAUGAAACUUUCUGGUAUACACACCACCUGUUCGUACCAUUCUUGCUGGCUCUGUAUACCCAUGCCACGGGAUGCUUUGUUCGAGAUACAGCAGACCCAAUUUCUCCAUUUGCAGGAAGUCGAUUCUGGGGCCACUGUCUCGGCUACGAAGGAUGGCGAUGGGAGCUUGUGGCAGCCGCCUUGUAUCUCUUCGAGCGGCUGUAUCGCGAGAUUCGAUCUCGUCGGGAGACGGAAAUUACCAAGGUUAUUCGUCAUCCCUAUGCUGCGAUGGAGAUUCAGUUCCGCAAGCCGAGCAUGAAGUACAAAGCUGGUCAAUGGUUGUUUCUCCAGGUCCCCGACGUGUCCAGUAAUCAGUGGCACCCAUUCACUAUCACCUCCUGUCCGUUCGAUCCAUACAUUAGUGUUCACGUUCGUCAAGUCGGCGACUUCACUCGUGCCCUCGGAGACGCUCUUGGAUGCGGUCCUGCGCAGGCAAAGGACCUUGAAGGUCUUGACCCUCUCGGCAUGUACGAAGUUGCCCUGCAGAACGGGCAAAUGAUGCCCAAGUUACGCAUUGACGGACCCUACGGUGCUCCAGCAGAGGAUGUUUUUGAAAAUGAAAUUGCCGUUCUUAUCGGAACUGGCAUUGGUGUCACGCCGUGGGCUUCCAUCUUGAAGAAUAUCUGGCAUCUACGCUCUAGCCCGAACCCGCCUCGUCGUCUCAGACGUGUCGAGUUCAUCUGGAUUUGCAAGGAUACGUCGUCCUUUGAAUGGUUCCAGGCUCUUCUGUCUUCAUUGGAAGCCCAAUCUGCCAAUGCAGCUGCUUACGAAGGCAGCACUGAGUUCUUGCGGAUUCAUACCUAUCUCACCCAGCGCCUUGACGAUGACACUGCCGCGAAUAUCUACCUCAACUCUGUCGGUCAAGCUCUAGACCCUCUCACUGAAUUGAAAUCUCAGACGAACUUUGGCCGACCGGACUUCAAGCGUCUUUUCACUGCUAUGCGUCUUGGCUUGCUCAAUCAGACUUAUAUCCAAGGUCUCCAAACGGCUUCUACCACGGAGAUUGGAGUGUACUUCUGUGGACCGAACACAGUCGCUCGGCAGAUUAGUGAUGCGGCAAAGUGUGCAUCGACGAAGGCAGUUCGCUUCAAGUUUUGGAAGGAGCACUUCUAG